AUGAGCAAAUUAGAAAGUGUAUCUACAGUAGGUGAUGAUUUGGAUGACGGGUUAGAGUACAAUGUUGAAUUUUCUUCGGGGGAAGAGAUCAAUCCAGAUUCAGAGCUUGAAGAUGAUAAUAAUGCAUCUGAUGAAGAAUCAAAGAAGGCCAAAACCGAAUCUGAAGCAAAUAAUGGCAAGAAGAGAAAAGCAAAGACAUCCAAGUUGCAAGAAAAAAAGAAAGUGAAAAUGGAGAUGGACAUUGCACAGAAGAAAAACUUAUCAAAAGAGUCAUCUACAGACGUUAUUGCAGAUUUUAUCAAUAAUAAAAUAAGUCAAAAGAAUCCUAACUUGUCUACGUUGGAAUUAUCAGAAUUAUACUUCAAUAAAACGAAUUUCAGAUCAACUUCGGAGUUUGAUGAAGAGAAACGUAGUUUGGACAAUUUGACCAAAUUCAUUCUUGGAAGGUUCAAGAAUAUGUUACCAUCUCAUGAUAAGAAAAAUAAGAAGAACAAGAACAAGAAGAAUAAGAAAGAAGAUAAAAGUCAUGACAGUUCAAAUAAUGAUAAAGACGAGGCUGAAGAAAGGAAAUUUAUUGCAAUAGUAUCAAUGUCAGCUUUACGUGCUUGUGAUAUUCAUCGUGCUACUCGUGAGAUUUCAGGCUCAUCCCUAAAGCUCAUUAAUAAAAAUAAACUUGAUGUAGAUUUGAAAUUGGUCAAGACAACAAGAUCGCGUAUUCUCUGCUGCACUCCGGGUAGACUUUUGAAAGUUUUGAAUAGUGAAGAUCUGGAGUUAAAUAAGGACGAAAUUAAGAUUAUCAUAGUUGACAAUUCAUAUUUAGACCAAAAGCAGCAAAACAUUUGGGAUAUAAAGGAAACUCCUGAAGCCCUUAGUAUAUUGACAAAGGAAGGUGGCUCAAAAAUUUAUCUUUACUAA